AUGCCUGCGUCCACUACAGUCCUUUUUGUCCCCGGCGCAUGGCAUAGUCCUGAUUGCUUCGAUACAGUCAUUCAAGGACUCGAAGCAGCCAAUUACUCAACCUGCAAGGUCCACUUACCCUCUGUCAACCCGCCCAGUCAUUAUCUUGACUUCUCGGCUGAUGUAUCACACAUCCGCACUCAAAUCGAGACUGCAGUAGAUGCGGGUCAAAAUGUGGUGGUUGUCGUCCACUCCUAUGGCAGUCUACCGUCGAACGAAGCCAUCAAAGGUCUAGACAUCAAGACACGGCAAGAAAAAGGGCUGAGAGGUGGCGUUACCCACCUCUUCUUCUGUUGCUCCUUCAUUAUUCCCGAGGGACAAUCGCUGAUUAGUGCCUUUGGCGGAAACGAUCUGCCUUGGUUCAUGGUAUCUGAUGACCGACUGGAAGUUCACUCUGCGACUCCGGACCAGAUUUUCUACAACGAUUGCGAUGAUGAACAGGUCAAGAAUGCUGUGGCUGCUCUUGCAGCUCACAGCUAUCAGACUUUCCAUAGUCCCUGCACUUAUGCGGCUUGGAAACAUGUCCCAAGUACCUAUCUUUAUUGCCUGAAGGAUGCAGCGAUCCCAUUGGCCGUGCAGAUGAUGAUGGUAGAGGAGACGGCCAAGGGCUUCGACAUAAACACAGAAACAGUCGAUGCGUCGCAUAGUCCCUUUUACAGCAAACCCGAUGAGUUGACCGUGGCGAUUCGACGUGCUGCCGGUGAUGAUGUUUGA